AAUACUCAUCCCUGUAUCAAACCGAAUGUUUUUGUACGAUUCAGUAAUUUUGAUGCAGUUACGUCAAUUAAUUUGGCAUCGGUUCGGUUAAUAAAGACCCGUACCCGACAAUGGUCCACCUUAACAUUCUCUGCAUACUGACUGAAUCCAAAUCCCCAGGAUAACGGAAGACGAAUCUUCAAGGACAUUUGAAUGUAAUAAUAAUAACUGAAGACUGUAAGCAACGAGGACGUCUGUUUCAAGGUUUCUGGCAGCAAUGGGCACGAUGAUCGGUGACCGAUCCACAAGUGACGUUGUCGCAAGACUAAGAACCCCCGACGGCCGUGACGAAUGGAUAUACUGUCACUCCCACAUUCUCAUAACCAAAAGCAAAUAUUUCGCAGACCGUUUAUCCGAAACCUGGCCCACAUGUCAAAUCCUCGAUUCCCGCAAUUGCGUCGAGGUAUACUGCGAAGAACACGAUUUCGACCACUACAUCACCGUCUUACGCCUAUUUUACAUCACUAACGUGUCCGUAACCGAUAUAUGUCCCGGUGUAAAAAACACACUCGGAAUCCUCCAAGUCGCGGUUAAUCUCGGCUGCCCGGAAAUUAUUGCCAUGUGUGUCGACUAUCUCGAAGCAUCUCCGUGGGAAGAAGCCGAAGAAGAAGAGAUCUUGAAAAUUAUUCCGGGUAUGGGUUCGUUAGCGGAACCGAUUCUCGGACGUCUCCAGCCCGUAAACCAAACUACGAUAGUUAAGAUUUUUCUCUCUGCUGUUAUGUUUGCCACGUCAGCAUUACCGCCGACAAUGCUUGAUUUGAAAACAUCUGCGCAAGAACAGAUCGAAUACAUGCUCACGGAAGAUGACGAUGCUCCGUUGCUAACGGCGGAUGAAGAUAUUAAACCGAAAGUGAGACAAUCUUUCAAGGGCUUGUUAACGAGAUUUAGUAACACUGUAAAAUCGGUUUGUGAAAGCAGUGAAACGCGUAAGUUUCAGAGCUUUUUGGUAGACGUGUCGUGGGCUUGUCAAAUCUUGGCGAAAUUGGAAUUGUUAAAUGAUUUCGUCGAGAUUUGGAUAGAUGCAUCAGAGAACAUAGUCAAAGUUAUUGACCACAUAAGUCAAAGUCAACAAGAAGAGACAAUUGAGACAAAGAUAAAGGUUAUUGAGAUAACUUCUAAGGUCUUAGAAGCAAUAGGAUACGGCAGUGUGAUUUUACCGACUGUAAAACGGCUUCACAUGGUGAAAAUUUGGCUUCCGUUUGUGCGGAUUUUAAAGCCUGCGGUUGAAUCUUCAACAACCGUUGAAGACGAGUGUUCGGUGGUUAAAAUCGACGGUGAAAUAUGGCAAUCUUUGGAGUCCGCAUUUGUUUCAAUAAUUCUCGCGUUGCCAUCUGGCGAACAGGCGGAAAUUUUGAGUGAAUGGCUAUCGAAUAAGCAUGUUCGAUAUCCGGAUCUUACGGAAGUGUUUGAGGUUUGGUGUUUUCGAUCGAAAGUUGCUAAUAGAAGACUUGCAGAUGUACAAAGCUCCAAUGGUAUGAUAAAAAUGCUAUAGACAACUUUUUAAUUCUGUCACUGUUAUAUUUCAUUUUUAUGUUUAUUAUUAUUAUUAUUACUAUGUUGUUGUAUUAGUCAAGUACAUGAGAUAAAUAGUUAAAUGCAUGAGACAUUCAAAUAUCAUUGUACUUGUGUCUAAAAUCUCAAUAGUCUAGAUAUUUGCA